AAAAUAUAUGACGUAACACGGAAGCUUACGUUCAGUCCGAGUCAACAAUGGUGUCCUCACGCAAGUUCUCCGUGCUUCUCCUUUUAUUUUGUGUCGUCCUUUUUCUAAAUGAUGUUUCUCCAGUAUCUACCGAACUAAAUGUCCGACACUCUUUUCGAGAAAAGCUUCGUGUGAAAAGGCAGGGAUGUCGAGAUGGCACUUACGAGCACAAUGGCAUAAACUGCUGUAAAUGUGCAGCUGGUCAGAAAGUGGUAGAGCACUGCACUAAAACUGCAGACGAUCGAGAAUGUGCAUUUUGUGACGAUGGGACUUAUAACAGUGAACCCAAUUCUAAGGACUCCUGUGAAAUCUGCACAUCCUGUGGUCCAGAAAACGCUAAUUUAGAAGUAAAAGAACGCUGCACCGCCAUCAAUGACACAAAGUGUACAUGUAAGGAAGGUUAUUACUGCCCCACUAAAGAAGGAACCUGUAAAAUCUGCCAUCCCUGUACAAGAUGUGAUUCCACCGGCAUCAAAGAUGCCUGCACACCCACCAGUGAUGCAGUUUGCAACGAGGAAAGUUCUGGUGAAAGUCCUGGUUUAACAGGUGGUGCAAACGCUGGCAUUGUGAUUGCAGUUUUUUUUGUUGUCGCCGUUGUUGUCGCCGUUGUCGCCAUGUUCAGGAAGAAAAUUCUGGGAUUUUUAAAAAAAGACACACCAAAGCCCUCUGGCCCCGUGAGUGACCCACUUCUUCCAGUGGAUAUGGAGCCGCACAUAGUGGACAUUGCAGAAAUAAUCGGCUGGAAAGAUAUGUGUCAAAUUGCACUCAGUUGUCAGAUGGCAAAUUCCAUUGAGAAUGCAAAACUCAGCCACCACAAUGAUGGUGAAAUGUGGACCCUAGAACUACUGAGAAAAUGGAUGGAGGCAAAGGGCAUGCCUGCCUCAGUAGAGCUGAUCGCGAUCCUGCGGAAAAUGAGGAAAAACAGCAAGGCGGACAAAAUCAAAGACAUUCUGUAUCCGAUGGACUCUCCUACACAAUGUAGUUCUGCCUAAAUAUUUUUAAUAUUUUAUGAUGUUAAUAAAAUGAUAGCAUGAA